AUGUCUGCAGCUCAUGACCAUGGGAGCCAACCGCAUUCCCACGCCAACGAGCAACCAGGCUUAGAAGUUGUGCCACGCGAACAAGAGAAGUUCGCACGCCCAGACGACCCCACGUGGUCCGGACUCCAAGUCUCCUACCAUUCUUAUUACGAUAGCGGCAAGGAAGCAGUUUCUGAUCACAACGAUACCGACAAAAUACACACAAGCGACAACUCGUCAUGGCAGACGCCCGAUAAGUUCAACUCUUCUGCAGAUGUGAGUGCUCGCUUAGGGGCAACUAUCAUUCAGUACGAUGCUUCAUACCAGCCGCAAACCGAAGUCUUUUACACAAACGAUGACGGUCGUGUCCUCGGAGUGAGUAUCAACGAUGCUCUGAGCCCAAACUACGAAGAAGACAGCAUCAAGAACAUGGUUUUGAACUCGCGUGUCAACAGCAGCGUCGCAGCAUAUUGGCCUUGGGUCAUGUAUCAAGAAAGCAGUGGUGGAAUUGUCGAGGUGCGAAAUCGCCUUCGGACCGAAUUCUCACCGGCAGCCGAGUGGGACAAAAAGAGGCUCAAUGUUUCUGCGGAUAGUGACAGUCGGCUGGCGUUGGUUCCGCUGUCGACCAACUUUAGCAAGAUUGCUGUCCAAGGAGGGUAUGGGAUCUUCUACCAGGUCAAUGGAGCCUUGGUCGCGCUGAUACCGGAUCUUGGAUCCGACGAGCUCGCUACUGAUUAUGCAGACUCAUGGCCUACAGCUGUCACGAAUAUGCCAGGAGGUGCACCGUUUGCUGCGUUCUCAGUUGCCAGAAGCUCGGAUACCCUGCAGAGAGUGUUCACUUAUGUCCUUUACCUCGACAAUGAUGCAAACAUUAGCGUCAUUUACAACGACGCCUCUUCCUGGAAAACUGCUCAGCCAGCUUCGUUGAAGGGUGUCGACGCCGACACCGACAUUACUUGUCUCACUAUGGCCACGACGCACCGCGACUCUUUCACGCAAGAAGUAGUACUUGGGGCGCAGUCUUUCGAUCCAAGGUGCUACUUCCAACGUGAGGGCUUAGUUAGAGAGGUCAUUCUGAGCACUAAUAACGAUUGGGUGGAUAAUGGAAACGUGCCUAUACCGUAA